AAUUGUCUCUGUCAAAGAAGCUGCAGGAUUCAAGGGAAACUGACAUGUUUAAAUCACUCCUUUGAUCCAAACUGAAGAAAAUUGAACCUAACAACAAAAAAUAAAAAUGGCAGAAUUUACAGGUUAUAAGGAGACUUCAAAUCGCCAUCUUCGAUUCAAGUUACAGAGUCUUGGCCGUCGUCUUGAUGAACUGGAAGAAGCAACAAAAAAUCUCCAGAAAGCAGAGGAUGAGCUUCUUGACCUUCAGGACAAAGUUAUCCAGGCAGAAGGCAGCAAUUCUAGCAUGCUGGCCGACGUAGAAGCUCUGAGAAAAAGAGUGCUGAAAAUUGAAGGCAAGGAUGAAGAAAUACGAAAAGCUGAAGAGCUCUGUCAGUUGAUGAAGGAAAAACUGGAGGAGGAGGAAAGUCUCACUCGAGAACUUAAAUCAGAAAUUGAACGGCUUCAGAAGAGAAUGGCAGAACUGGAAAAAUUGGAGGAAGCUUUCGGCAGGAGCAAAAACGAUUGUACUCAGCUGUGUCUGAGCCUUAAUGAAGAAAAAAAUUUGACCAAAAAAAUAUCUACAGAGUUGGAAAUACUUAGGAUGAAAGUAAGAGAACUUGAAGCAUCUGAAGACAGAUUGGAUAAAACUGAACAUAGUUUAGUAAGUGAGUUAGAAAAGCUGAAAUCUUUAACACUGAGCUUUGCUAGUGAAAGAAAACGCUUCAAUGAAAGAGAAAAGCAGAAUGAAAAAUUAAUCCAGGAGCUAACACAAAAACUAGAACAAAACAACAAACUAAAUAGGGCAGAUCAAACUAGAAAUGCAUCAAACCUGCUAGAAAGAUCAUCAAAUAGUCUUCUGGAUAGAAAUGACCUGAGAAUUGAAGAUGACUUGACCUCUGCAUUGCCCUCUAAAGAAACCAGAAGAAAGGGAAGCUUGGAUUACCUAAAGCAUGUAGAAAAUGAAACCAGAAAUAAAUCAGAAAAUCAAAAGAACAAAAAUCAAGAAGACAACAAAGUGAAAGAUCUCAACCAAGAAAUUGAGAAACUUAAAAGUCAAAUUAAACAUUUUGAAUCUUUAGAAGAAGAACUUAAAAAAAUGAAAGCCAAAAAUAAUGACCUGCAAGAUAGUUAUCUGAGUGAACAGAAUAAAAACAAGCUCCUAACUGGUCAAUUGGAAGAGAUUAAAAUUCAAAUAAAGAAACAAAAGGAUAUGGAGAACGGUGAGGUGGAAAGUGAAGAAAUGAGCCUCCCCAGCAGAUUUAGACAUGAUAGGCCUAAAUACAGAGGUAUCACAGCUGAGCCAGCAAUUUCAAAACACAAAUCACGGGAGCUUUCACCUCAGCAUAAACGAGAAAGAACACGGAACAGAGACUUCUCUUCCAAUAAUGACAGUUAUACCACAAGUAGCAAACAAGCUCCCAGUCCAAGUUUAAUUACUAGGAGAACAGCAAAGGCAUCUAGUACAUCUGCUCUACUAGAAACUGUGAUUACUGAUACAAAAAGAAUGGAAGACAAAUCAGCAGCUACUACAUAUUUAUCUAUGCAGAAAGAUAGUGGUGCUCCACAAAAUGAAGUGAAGAAAUCAAGAGAGCAGCCGUCUGUGCUGAGUCGAUACCCACCGGCUGCACAUGAGCACAAAUCUUGGAAAGCAGCUUCCAAACCUGGGAAUGAAAGUGGACUGAAGACCAAGGCUGAAAAGCUAUCUCAAUCAUUUAGUGAUGUUUGCCAAGGUAACUCUGAUGCACUUGAUGAAAAAUCAAGCAAAGGAGAAAUGACUGUAUCUUUGACUGAAAAGCUGAAAACAAGCCAAACAGAGAUGUCUGAUCUAUGUGUAGAGAUACCCUUUAUGAAAAAUAAUCAUGCACCAUACAAUGAAACAGCUUCAUCAUAUAGAUACCAUAUCUCUUCUCAGACGUUAGCAGCUGAAUCCACCAGCUCUAAAGCAGAAGCAGCAACAGUCUCUGUUUUAUCUCACAGACAGUCCCCAGAAGGGAAAUCUAAAACAACAAUAAACUCCCAAGAAAGAGAAUUUACAGACACUUUUCAUGAAAAUACAAAACCUCCAACUUUAAUAAAGUAUUCAAACAGCUCAAAAAGUCAAGAAGACAUCUUACAGAUUCUCACAAGUCAAGGUAAGGAAGAAAUGGACCAAUCUGCACCAUCAGUUACAGGUCAGUCAAAUGCUGGCAUAAAAUCUGACUCUUCGAGAUCCAAAGCCAUCAAACCAGCUAGCCAUGAAAAACUUAGUACAGAUGAGGAGAUUGGUAAAAGCACCAAUGCUACUACUGAGUCAGAACUGGAGACGAGAAAGAAACCCAGUUCCAGAGAAUUCUCAAGCUCCAGAGGAGUUCUCAGAGCAUCUCUCUUUGAAAAUGAUAAAAAUACUGGAAAUGAAGAUGACCCCCCCAAAUCCAUAAAGACAUCUUCAGAUGCUGCCAGCGUAGGAUUGAGAUCCAGAAGGUCAUUCAGCCCUAGAGAAGCUUUGAGAUCAAAAGCCAUCAUUAAACCUGUAAUAAUUGAAAAGGACAUGAAAGAAGUAAUGAGAGGGGCUGGGUCUGAAGAAGACUCUCAAAACCAGAAAUCUCUCUUUAAAACUGUGACAAAUAAAAUGACAAGCAGCAUAACAAUCUUCCCUUCUGAGCCAGCCAACACAAGGACCAACACAAAUGAAGCCGCAAAGGAAAGACAUACUUCUACCAGCAAUAUUAGAGUCACUCCAAAUGAGCUGUCAGCCAUAACAAAUAACAUCAGCACACCCUUUGAGAUCUCAAUUAAUAAGAGUGAUAUUGCUCUGAAAUUAUCUGAGGCAGAUAAAAUUGGGGAUUUAGCUCUGAGAAACAGGACAGAAACACUAAUUUCAAGAAGCAGUAUUAUGAUAAAACCUUCUGAACCCAUUGAGAAAAACAAUUUUGAGCCAUCCUUAGAGACAAUCAGCUGGAAAAGCCAUGGGCCUUUAGAAGCAGAGUCACCAGAGACAAAACACAUCACUCUGAGAAGUUCUUGGAGGACAAGGCGGGGAUUACAAUCUUUGGAAGACUCUCAAAUCAAAGUGGAAAAAAAUACAGCUUCCACUAGUACAAAGGCAUGCAAGUCAUCUACAGACCUCUCUGAAAUGGAAGGGGCCAAUGCAAGAAUACAUUUACUUGAGCAGAAUUCAAGAAGGUCCAGGGCCACUAUUAAUUCUUGGAAUACCCCUGAAUUAGAAUUCAGAAGGACCCAAAGUAGCUUAAGUGCAUCUGAGCUAUCUACUCGAAGGAGCUAUGUCCAUGAUCCCAUCACUGCUUCUACUUGGAAUCGCAUGACAUUACCAGAGGAAAGCAAAGAUUUUGUUCCCACUUCCAGAAGAAAACAGUAUGGCUCUUUUGAGCAGCUGUCCCAGGCGGAGACUUCAAAGAAAAGGCCAACCUCCCAGGUAGAGCUGCAGCAGCGCCCUGGAACCAGCCCCCAUGCACAGCUGGGCUGCAAAACAGAGGACCAGGAAGGUGGCUGCAGAGACUUCUCUCAGGGGAACCCCAUUUCUCAUCUCUGGGCUGAGACUGGAUUUGUCUCCACAGGAAUAUAGGUCUGUAUGGAAACUCUUCUGGGUCCAUGGCCACUGCUUCUAUAUAGCCUGCUAUGAUACUUGCAGUACAAAAGAGAACUCUACAUUAACCACUGUAAUUUAUAAAGAACACUAGAGCUACCCCAAUGGCCACAAUGCAACUGGCUCUCACAGAUGCUGAGCACAUCUGAAUUUUCAAAAGGAACCACGUCCUUCCACAUCUGAAAGUUUUCAGUGUCAUGAUGAAAGUUUGCAUUACUCUUAAUCUGCCUCUGCUAUUGUUCAGUCAAAACACCUUGCACCAGGAAAGCAAAUGAGUUCCCAGAUCUCUUCAACCACAUGUAGGAGGAACGCAUUCACCGCAGGUCACAUCUGUGUGCAGAGAACAUUGCUUAGAGAGCUUGUUCACCAGGACUCCUGCCACAGGCCUGGCAUGCCUUGCCACCCCAUUCCUCCUUGGCCAGAGAUUUGAUAAUACAAGGCUGUUUACUGAACCAAGCAUAACAGCAAUGAAUGCUUCCCCCAGCUUGGACCUGGCUGCCUUUCAGCCAGAGCGCUGUGCUCCCACUGCCCCCCUCUCCCACCUUAGCUGCCAUGCACAAAGGUUCAUGAGUGGAGCUUUGCACCUUGCACUUGAAGGCAGAAUCCUCCUCUCCAAGACGGGCUUCUCUUCCUUCCCAAAAGGCAUAAAUGAGCAUUGAGCUAAGCUGGGAUUGAUAUGCUCAGGCCAUUGUCCAGCCUUGCCAGGAGCCAUCCUGUGCAUCUCCCUUCUGGCCAGAGGCUGUUCUACCUUCUCCCUACUACCCCUCUGGACAGGGGCUUUUCCUUACCCCUCCCUGUUACCACUCUGGACAGGGGCUAUCCCAUGAACCUCCCAUCAUGCUUCAGGACAGGGUGGUUGCCUGAACCUUCCUGUCUCCCCUCUGGCCAUGCUGGGAGCCAUCCCAUCCUGGCUAGGAUCGAGGCACAAUCAAAGACUAUAGGCGUGUGUUUCCAAGGUUAAUAUCCUCCGCAGAGAGAGACGGGGAGGGGGAGGGGACAGAAGCAGACUCCAUUGCACUGGCUAUUAGUGCUGCAAGGCACCCAGCCCAGUCUGUGCCGUGAUCUCGUAGUCUGUUUGCUCUCAGGGAAGGCAGUUUGCAUGUGAACCACAGAUGGGUACAGAGCUCUCAUGUUCCCAUAGGCAACCCCAUCCCUGUCCCAUCUUCCCAUCCCCAACUCACAUAUAGAAACAGCUGCUCUUUUCCCCAGACCUCUCCUUUAGCCAUCAGGAAUGGCAGCCCCUCCCCAUAGGAGAUCACCAGUGGGCCCAGCCAAUCCAGGGGCUGGGGUUAGGGAGGGAGGCUGGAGCAAUAAUAGGAGAAAAGAAGAGGAGCCUACUGAGCCCUUAUCUUCUGCACCCACUUAGCCCCCAUGCACUGUCACUGGGGCACUCUGCACUCUGGGCCAGGGAGGACGGAGUCCCUGUUGGGUCCUAAGAAGCAACAUUGCCUUCCCCUCAUGCUUGCCACUGGGUCUCCCAAGCACCUGGAAUCCAUGGAGGAGCUCAGCCUGGGAGGCUGCUGGAUAAGGCCCAGCUCACUCAGAGCCCUGUGCUUGGCCUGUCCAGUACAAUGCGAGGGGAGGAUUCAUUGCCUGACAUUCAUGCCCUCAGCCCCACUCCAGGAGAGCUGAGCUCAUUUUGUGGCUGCUUCCUGCCCAUGCUGCAACCUUGUAUGGUAAGGAUAGCAGAGCCAGGCAUGCCCCAAUGACAGGAGUGUCCUGAGCCUACGUUGUUGUGGGCAAGAGAGGGGGUGAUCUGCUCCCAGAACAAACCACUUAUUAGGUGACAUCUCAGGGCUGGGGAGCAGCCUGUCGCAGGUACACACACCAAUUCCCCUUGGGGCCCACAGCUCCAUCCCUCUACUUUACACCAUCUGCUGGGCAAAGAGAGUUCUGCAGACUCCUCAGCCUAAGCUUUGAGGCAGCUGCAGUAGGCUCUUUGCUCUCUGCUGGUAGGACACCCUUGCGUGUAACGGUUUCCUCCUCACUCUCUCACAGCCACCAUGAACCUCCACUGAAAGGGAACGAGGCUGGAACUCAGUGUUUGCCGACAGUGUUAAUGCUCCACUCAAUUGCCAUGUUUGUCCCUUCCACAGGUGCUGGGGGAGGGUUUAGCCUUCACUUGCCUUUUAAGCUGAGCACGUCCUGUCCCACCACAGCUGGAAGCAGCAGUGCUCUGAACACUGUACCAUCACUGGACCCAAAUUCCCAGUGUACCCCACAGGAGGCAGCACUUUAUGAGCAGUAAGGAAGAAGUGCUCCCCAGGCCAGCUGCUGGACUGGCAGCAAAGGGUCCUGGCUGGUUUCAUUCUCUUGGGAAGUGUGAUUGCACUUGUGUGUUAACUCCGCUCUAAGCAUAGUUAAAGUCACAGUACAAGGUUUUCUUUGUAUGCUGAUAAUAGACCAAUCCUUCCUCUUUACAUCUACCCCUCUUACUUUCCCAAGGUUCAUGGCUAAAAUUUUCAACAGUGCUGAAGUCACUUCAAAGCCUAAAUCCCACUGCUGUCACUGGACCUCAUGUCAGCAGUGAGUUGGGCCAUGUCAUCUGUGGUAAAUGGCUCCCUGGGCACCAGCAGCAUGUGAGCCUCUCCUACAAAGGCUUGUUCUGCUGCCGUUUGUGCCUCUAUCCUGGUCCAUGCAUUAGCUUGCUGCUGGCUGAGCCUGCCCCUCUGCGCAGGGCUAGGGUAGCUCUCUGAGCCUUGCCACUCAUGCAGGGAACUAGCUGAACCAUUCCCAUGGCCACCAAGGGGUGUUAGCCUGCUGUAGCUGAGCCCAGCCUUGGUGAAGGUGUCUGUGCUGUGGCUGUUCCCCUGCUGGACAGCCCUUCUCAGUGCCCUCGAGGGUCACAUACCCAGCAUAGACUCUGUGGUUCCUUCCAAGCCUUUCCUCAUUCAGGCACUGCCUCGGCUGAAUACAGUGCUGCAAUAGGCAUUCAUUUCACUCCUUACUGGGGUAGCUUUGAGGUCAUCAGAUGCUAGUCUUGUACUCACAAGUCCCUGCCUUGUCCUCUAGCCCUCACAGCCUCCCUCCCUAUGAUGCUGUGCAGCAAAAAGUCAUUUUGACCUUGAUCCAAUGAAACUCCUAAGUAUGUGCAUAACUUUCAGCCCAAGUACAGUCCCACUAACUUUAGAAUGAAAGCUGCACACAUGCAUAGAUAAUUUGCUGGAUCAGGGCCUUGGGCAAACCCAGCCAGCAUAGUCUGCAGUGAUCUCUGGCCUCGCCAUUCCUCAAGCCACAUCUUAAUGCCCUCAUGUCUCCUGCUCCUUUCAGUCUGCACAGAACCUGGGCAGGAGGCCUCAUGUUCUAAUUAGGCAGAGUUCACACAGCUCCUCUGUAUGCUCCCAUUGAAGCCAGAGGGGGUGUUGCCACACAUGUCACUGAGAGCAGGAAUGGGGCCAUGCUAACUUAGAUGCAGUCAUCCAAGCACUGGGCAGUGCCCUUCCUUAGUCUACCUGCAAACAGGAAUUCCCCAUUUGGACAGCCAUAAAACUCAAGCCUCACAAUCAGCACGGGGGCAGCCCACCACUGAAAUCCAGGUCAAAUGCGCCCACUGUCCUUUCCCUCUGACGGCCUUGUCACCAGAGCCAAGGGCGAAUGCAGUGAGCCUCAUUGUUAACUCUGAAUGGUGCCAGCUCCCAUCAGAGCCUGUCCACACACCUGGCAUCAGCAGCCUUUCAGCAGCGGACUAGGAGCACUGGAGUGUCCAGUACCACUUCUGCUCUCCACAGGAGGGUCCUGUGGAAGCCAGACACAGUGGAUCGAGAGCUGUCUCCUUAACUCCAGGGUCCUGGGGCCCAGAGAGAUGAGCAGAUAAGAACUUGUCUUCAUUUAUCCUGGCCAGUAGUUUGGACUGUUCAUUCACUACUUUAAGUCAUAUUAUUUGGAUCCCUGUUCUCGAACAGAAACAAUCUCACUACCAUUUCACUGGUUGUAAAUAAUGAAUGUAAAUGUCAGUAACUAGGUUGUGGGUUGUCUUCUUAAUAAAUCUGAGAUUAACUCUGAGCGAGAAAUCCUCAUUGAAACCUAAUGGGGACAUAUCCCCUAAACCUGAGUGCAAUAGGAGCUGAUUGUAUUAUUAAACUAAUAUUAAUGAUUUCAGGAAACAUGACAUUUUACUCAAAUUGCACACUUUUGAGAACAGCUGUAAAAUAGAGUAAAUAUUUGUAAAUAUUGUCAGCACUGGGGAAAUGUUGUUUGUAAUUGUAGCAUAUGAAUAUGGUGGGGUUUCCGUGGACUUGAUAAUGCUGAAAAUGUGAAUCAGACAUUCAGAGAAUUCCAAAGUUGUAACUGUAUUUGCUGCCUGUGGGAGUAUGUACUGGUUGUUCUCGUCUCCCAAGAAACACUUGAAGAAAAAUCCAACCCUUUAUAUGCAGACCACACCUCCCAGCUAGAGAGGAGGUUUUGGAAAAACUGGUAUUUACCAAGGGGGUUUUCACACUGCCAUGGAUAGCCUCAGACCAGGCCUGCUUCAGGCACCUCUUGGCAGGACCGGCGCUAGGGGUUUGAGUGCCCUAGGCGGACAGCGAUUUCGCCGCCCUGCGCGCUGGUCCCGCGGCUCCGCUGGAGCUGCUGCAGUGGUGCCUGCGGAGAGUCCGGUGCUCCGUGGCUCCGCUGGAGCUGCCGCAGUGGUGCCUGCGGAGGGUCCGGUGCUCCGUGGCUCCGGUGGAGCUGCUGCAGUCGUGCCUGUGAGAGGUCCACCGGAGCCGCGUGAGCCCCCACCGUCCGCAGGCACGACUGCGGCAGCUCCAGCGGAGCUGCCUGCCGCCCCCUCUGGCAAAACGGCACCCACCAUUUAUUCUGGCGCCCUAGGCGAUUGCCUAGGCUGCCUAAAUGGUAGUGCUGGCCCUGCCUCUUGGACUAGGUGGUUCAAGAGUAGCUCCCUUCAGCUUCCCUAAUGUCUGGAAAUGAAACUGCAGCCAUCCUUGGGGAGGCGUUGAGCAAGGUAUGGCCCCUCCAGUGGCUCUGGAAAUUCAAGAGUCUGAAUACCUGAUGUUCUUUGCUGUCUCUGUCCAUCAGUGGUGGGAAUUGUCAGAUACCAGCUCAUUAGACAUGACGGGCAACAGGAGGGCUGUGAUGCUGAAGAUGCUCAGAAAAGCAAGGAAAACACAAGGAAUAGGCUGCAGGUGGCUCCCGUGGGUGUUUGGGGGGAAGGAUUUACACAGAGUGAAGAAAUAGUUACACUAGUGUGCACCUUUAAUAGAAUUAGCCACAAUCAUCCCACCCAUGUGCAUAAAGACCAUUUACUGCACAAGAGGUGAAGAGUGAUGUAGCCGCUUUGUAGGGCAUACAGCACAAGGGAUCAUCUAACUCUUCCUUGAUUAUUUCAGUGUGCAUUGGGGAGGCACCUUUGUCUUGCUGCCAUUCAGCAGCUGAGCACUCCAGACAGUGUGGGAUGUAUUUUUAAGAGACUAAAUACAUUUUUUGUAUUUGUAGAUGUUCGAUUGUGGAACUGGGUCCAGUCAUGAUGUUACAGGCAGAUAGUAAACCAGGUCUCUUUUUCUUUUCACAUAUUACUGCUAAGUUAUGUGAGUCCAAUUCAAGUUAAUUCUUUUCUGAGGUUCUGCUAUUCACAGUUCCUCUCUACUCCAGACAAGAGAGCUACCAAGAGAACUACCAGCACUGUCCUGACUCUCACAAAACUCAUGUAAGCAUGUUCAGUAGGGGAAAGCCUGUUCCUUCCUCUCCACACUGCUUAAAGAUGGUGCUCACCUCCUACCAGUUAUAUAGCGCUCCUAGUCUGCAUGCCAAGUUUAAACACAGUUGAUCUGCAUGUAUCUCCUGACUAAUGCUGUCAGCUCUACAGUAUGUAAUCAAUAAAAUUAUCCCUUUGUA